GUGCACAACUUGUGACCAGCUUCUCAUCUUGUUAGCAAUCCUGUCACAAAACGGAAUAUUGGGAAAAAAGUCGGUAAAAAUUCGACAUUAUGGCAGCCCGAAUCCGUGUUAACUUGGGGCGUUUUACAUGACGUGACAUGCAGGGUAAUGUUGCGAGCGAGUAUUUGAACAUAUAUCUAUCGCAAACCCCAAGAGAUCAGCUGUUUGUUUGUUAUGCUAGCUAACAUUGAUAACUAAAUACCACUCGAGAUUUCAGGACUGCUGUCCGACAACAAAUUACAAAAUGUCUAUUCAAUACGGAGAGUCGGCGGGGAGUUAUGGUGUUGUGGAGUCGUUUCCUAAAGACUUCGACUAUGGGGUAGAGGAACCAGACAUCGAGGAGAGUUCAGCAUUGAGCGACACAAAACCAAGGAUCCUCUUAAUGGGCCUUAGACGGAGUGGCAAAUCAUCAAUUCAAAAGGUUGUUUUCCACAAGAUGUCACCCAACGAGACGCUGUUCUUGGAGAGCACCAACAAAAUCUACAAAGAUGACAUCUCCAGUAGUUCUUUUGUCAAUUUCCAAAUCUGGGAUUUCCCUGGACAGAUAGACUUCUUUGACCCCACCUUUGACUACGAGAUGAUCUUCAGGGGUACAGGCGCCUUAAUCUUUGUCAUUGAUGCUCAGGACGAUUAUGUAGAGGCUCUUGGAAGGUUACAUCUCACUGUAUCAAGGGCCUACAGAGUCAAUCCAGAAAUCAACUUUGAGGUGUUUAUCCAUAAAGUAGAUGGUUUGUCGGAUGACCACAAGAUAGAGACACAGCGAGACAUCCACCAGAGGGCAAAUGAUGACCUGGCAGAUGCCAGCCUAGAGAAGCUUCAUCUCAGCUUUUACUUGACAAGUAUCUACGACCACUCCAUAUUUGAAGCCUUCAGUAAAGUCGUCCAGAAGCUUAUUCCUCAGUUGCCAACUCUGGAGAACCUUUUGAACAUUUUUAUUUCUCAUUCUGGAAUUGAGAAGGCCUUCCUGUUUGAUGUUGUCAGCAAGAUUUACAUCGCCACAGACAGCUCUCCCGUGGACAUGCAGUCCUACGAGCUGUGCUGUGACAUGAUUGAUGUUGUCAUAGACGUCUCCUGUAUUUACGGGCUAAUGGAGGAUGGCAGUGGCAGUGCCUAUGACAAGGAGUCUUUGGCCAUCAUCAAGCUUAACAACACCACAGUCCUCUACUUGAAGGAGGUCACCAGGUUCCUCGCUCUUGUUUGUAUCCUCAGAGAGGAGAGCUUUGAGAGGAAAGGGUUGAUAGAGUACAAUUUUCACUGUUUCCGCAAAGCCAUCCAUGAGGUGUUUGAAGUUGGCUCUUCAACACAAAGGGUUGGCAUGAAGCCUCCUGACUUGCCCAGCAGUAGUCUGGCCAGCCUGAAAUAUGCUUCACUUAAUGGAAGUGCUGUGUAGAGGACUAAGAUGGGCAACUGCGAUUCCCGGCUUUAACCGGAGUGCUCCCGUAUAAGGGCACAGAAAACAGCCACAAAAGAAACAAAUAUAAUAUCAAAAAGACUUGCUUCACAUGCAACAAUGCUGAUUUGUGAGGUUCAGCAUAUCAGCUGGAUCUACACGCGUUUUAGGAAGUGAUAUGCAGCAGUUUCUUCUGUCCCAGAGCGAAGGUGUUUAUCAGACUGUGCAUCUGCAUUUGAUGCUGACAACCAAAGCGCCACUGGGGUGGUACAAAAACAGACCUUAACCUUGUUCACAAACCUUUGGACCGAACCCUACAGGAAUCUGGUUCUCUCCUCAUUGUGUUUGGAGUGGGGAAGAAUUUUUUUUUUGG